GUCAUUUGGCCAAGGGAGCGUGCCCAGGCCUCAAGUGGAGUUCACAGUAUCCCCACAGGCCGCCUUUGACAUUAUUCUCCCGUCGUGCAUCUUCUUCUGAACCGCUGCGCCCUCGCGAACCGCCAUACCCACCUCCGGUACGUGAUGAUGCCGGCGAAGAGGAAGUGGUAGAAGUGGAGGUUGAAGCGGAGGGGGAGACAACCUCUGUGAUCCCACAGCCGGCCACACCAGAGGAGGUAGUCCCUGAGACUCCACCUCCACUUCCUCCCGCAGCUGCUCUGGAUGUACAGGAGGCUGAGCCCAUGUCGGCUGGGGUGGACAUCUCCGAGGCGAAGGAGCCCAUACGGCAUCACCUGCCACCCAAGCCCAAGAUUCGACCUCAGCCCUCGCCAUCUCCGACGGUUGCCGUCCCGGUUGCCAUGCCACAGCAGGAGAAGACACUGCCCAACAGGGACAAUGUUGAGAUGGACCCCCUUCGAGCUCCCACCACGGUGCGAAUCAAAGGCUCCAUUGGGCGCCAGCUGGCGUCAAGAGCGCGAAGCAUGGGACUGCAGUCUGCAGUUAAGUCCAAGGCGAAACCCCUCCGGAUCCAACCCAAAGGAGGAUCGAUGCCCUCUACUCCCGCAGCCACUGUGGAUGAGGAUGCAACGACUACGGCGAUCAGUGGCAUUCCCUCUUCGGGCUCCACUCCGCACACAGCAGAACCUGGUACAGCCAGAACAGAGGCCCGGGAGACGGCUGCCAAUGAUCUCCCCGCACCAGUGCUCGUAUAUCCCUCGUUGGAUGGAACACUGGCAGAGCUUGGCCCUCUCUACAGACGAGAAGCCACUGCAUCAGAUGCUGCCACUGGCACGGAGGGCCCAGCUGAAUGGCAGGUUGAGGUGGACGGAGUACGAAGACCCCUGCCUGCUAUGCCGGAAUGGAUCAGGGAAGUCUUGGCACAUAGACCAACCCCGGCAGCGCCCCUCACAGCCGCACCCGUUCGCGACGGUCGGGAACCGCGGGCUGGUCCGCCACAUGGGGCGAGAGCCUCAGACUCGAACUCCGGUACCAGCAUCGCGGUGACCAGAGUCAAAAGGUCGAGAAGUUUCAGUCCAGCCCGAAGCAGCCCUGCUGUGAACCUUUCGGCAGGGGCCGAAGCCGAAGCAGAACCGAUGGACAAGACGGGGCACGAGAAGACCUCGAAAAAGGCGAACAAGAAGGAUGCAAAGAAGAAGGAGAAAAAGAAGAAGACAAAAAGAUCUUCCAGACGCAAGCAUCGCCGUCGUCGCAGCUCCAAAAGCCCUACCUCAGACUGCGAAGAUAUGGCACCGACGGCCGCCGAUACAGACAUCCGUGAGGAGGCCUCUAGCCGACACCCUCCUCCGGAAGGCACGGAGGCAGCAGCUGACCCCAAGCCUGCUGUACAGCCGGUAGCAUCUGCACUGACGCCCACCUCGCCAGCUGAAGGACACCCCUCCCUGGACAGGGCGGAGGUUGGCCUCCGCAAGCAGCCACUGGUGCCACUCCAGGUGGCACUCCUAUGCUCGCCCAUGGCAAACAAGGACCACACUGCUGAUCAGGCAACGACUGCCCCUACAGGCACAGGGGAUCAGCCGAUCACAACCCCACCCACCCUCCCCACGAUCACCGUCUCUCCCCUCGACCAGAGCUCUCCUACGACCUCCACACCGUCCACCGUUGUGGUGAAGAAUCGCAAGCGCUCUGGUCAGGCUCGGAGAACUACCACACCUGAGUCCACCACGCCAGAGAUUUCUUCCAGCUCAGGAUGGCUUCCAGAGGAUGAUACCUUGCUCAACAUAGGAGGUCGCGAGGAGCUGCCAUCAGUGCCAUCCUCCACUGCACUAGGGAGGUACAAUGCUGCUGUGCGGAAGGAAAAAGUAUGUUAUGCACCCUCCGAUGGACCAACCUCAUAUCGGCCAGAGAGGCGCAGUGUUCUGGUUCUGAAUGCUUCUAGCACUAUCCUGUGGCCGCAUGCCACAUUCUCCCUGACUCGAGCC